AUUCCAGUCAAUUUCAUUCACUAAGUACACAAAGAAAUGGCCUCCCCAACGAUCAACUUACCCUACCCCUACUACCCAUCACCACCACCACCAUCUCCGCCUUCGCCGGCAGCAACCCCUCCACCAAUUCCCAAAUCGCCACCGCCUCCACCUCUGCCGUCGCGGCCGCCACCACAACCCUUCACUCCGCCACCACCUCACGUGCUCCCACCACCGCAUCCCCAACCGAUCACCCCGCCACCGCCACACCCAUUACCGCCACGGCCGCACCCAUUGCCACCACCUCCAGCGCCCGACCACCACCCCACGAUCAUCGUCAUUGUGUUCAUCUCGUGCGGUGGGCUCCUGUUCUUCGCAUUCAUGGCAGCAGCUCUUUUCUGCUGGAUGAAAAAGAAGAAGAAGAAGACGGAGAAAAAGACCAAGCUGGUCCAUUUCGAGGAGCACAGGAAGGUGAAGGAGGCCAUUGUUGAAGGUCCUCAUGGCACGGAAGCCAUAGUGCUCUCCAUAGAAGACGAUAUGGUCAUCGAUGGAGAGAUCAAGAAGAGCGAAAAGAUUGAGAAGGGUUUGCAUGCCAUGAAUGAUAAUGAGGCGGCGAGCUUCAUCGAGAUCGAAGGAGGUUCAUCUGAACCGUCCGGCCACCCCCACCACCGUCAAGACCACCUCGCGGAGCACAAGGGAUAAUCGAUCACACAUUCGGACCAACUUAUUUCUUACGUACAUUGCUGUCUUCCAUCAAUAAUAUUCCUCAUCCAAGGAAUGGCGUAUUUUUCUUUUCUCUGAUUCGUCACAAAUGUAAUAAUCUUCGAGCAAUGGACUUUUUUAAUUCA